GCGGCAGCGGCGGAGCAGCCGUGGGUCGGUGUCUGCGCGCUGGUGUCUGAGGCCCAGUCUGAGGCCUCCGCGGUUGCCGGAACGCAGACGGUGGAGAGGAUGACUGCCGCUGUUAUUCUCUCCUGAGUUAGAAAGCCGCCACCACCCUGCCCCCUCCCCCGGCCGGGCAGAGAGGAGCGGCCGGAGUCUGAGCCAUGGUGCCCGGCGAGGAGAACCAACUGGUCCCGAAAGAGAUAGAAAAUGCUGCUGAAGAACCUAGAGUUUUAUGUAUAAUACAAGAUACUACUAAUUCAAAGACAGUGAAUGAACGGAUCACUUUAAAUUUGCCAGCUUCUACUCCACUCAGGAAGCUCUUUGAAGAUGUGGCCAACAAAGUAGGCUACAUAAAUGGAACCUUUGAUUUAGUGUGGGGAAAUGGAAUCAAUACUGCUGAUAUGGCUCCACUGGACCAUACCAGUGACAAGUCUCUUCUUGAUGCUAAUUUUGAGCCAGGAAAGAAGAACUUUCUGCAUUUGACAGAUAAAGAUGGUGAACAGCCUCAAAUACUGCUGGAGGAUUCCAGUGCCGGGGAUGAUAGUGUCCAUGACCGAUUUAUAGGUCCACUUCCAAGAGAAGGUUCUGUGGGCUCUACCAGUGAUUAUGUCAGCCAAAACUACUCCUAUUCAUCUAUCUUGAAUAAAUCAGAAACUGGAUAUGUGGGAUUAGUAAACCAAGCAAUGACUUGCUACUUGAACAGCCUUUUGCAGACACUUUUUAUGACUCCUGAAUUUAGGAAUGCAUUAUAUAAAUGGGAAUUUGAAGAAUCUGAAGAAGAUCCAGUGACAAGUAUCCCAUAUCAACUUCAGAGGCUUUUUGUUUUGUUACAAACCAGCAAAAAGAGAGCAAUUGAAACCACAGACGUUACAAGGAGCUUUGGAUGGGAUAGUAGUGAGGCUUGGCAGCAGCAUGAUGUACAAGAACUGUGCAGAGUCAUGUUUGAUGCUUUGGAACAGAAAUGGAAACAAACAGAGCAGGCUGAUCUUAUAAAUGAACUAUAUCAAGGCAAGCUGAAGGACUACGUGAGAUGUCUGGAAUGUGGUUAUGAGGGCUGGAGAAUCGACACAUAUCUUGAUAUUCCAUUGGUCAUCCGGCCUUAUGGGUCCAGUCAAGCAUUUGCUAGUGUGGAAGAAGCAUUGCAUGCAUUUAUUCAGCCAGAGAUCCUGGAUGGCCCAAAUCAAUAUUUUUGUGAACGUUGUAAGAAGAAGUGUGAUGCACGAAAGGGUCUUCGGUUUUUGCAUUUCCCUUACCUGCUGACCUUACAGUUGAAAAGGUUUGAUUUUGAUUAUACAACCAUGCACAGGAUUAAGUUGAAUGAUCGGAUGACGUUUCCUGAGGAGCUAGAUAUGAGUACAUUUAUUGAUGUUGAAGAUGAGAAAUCCCCUCAGACCGAAAGUUGCACUGACAGUGGGGCAGAAAAUGAAGGCAGUUGUCACAGCGAUCAGAUGAGCAAUGAUUUUUCGAAUGAUGAUGGUGUUGAUGAAGGGAUCUGCCUUGAAAGUAAUAGUGGAACUGAAAAAAUUUCAAAACCUGGACUUGAAAAGAAUUCCUUGAUCUAUGAGCUCUUCUCCGUUAUGGUUCAUUCAGGGAGUGCUGCUGGUGGUCAUUAUUAUGCUUGUAUAAAGUCAUUCAGUGAUGAACAGUGGUACAGCUUCAAUGAUCAACAUGUCAGCAGGAUAACACAAGAGGACAUUAAGAAAACACAUGGUGGAUCUUCAGGAAGCCGAGGAUAUUACUCAAGUGCUUUUGCAAGCUCCACAAAUGCUUAUAUGCUGAUAUAUAGACUGAAGGAUCCAGCACGAAAUGCAAAGUUUCUAGAAGUAGAUGAAUAUCCAGAACAUAUCAAAAACUUGGUGCAGAGGGAGAGAGAAUUGGAAGAACAAGAAAAAAGGCAACGAGAAAUUGAGCGCAAUACAUGCAAGAUAAAAUUAUUCUGUUUGCAUCCUGUGAAACAAGUAAUGAUGGAAAAUAAAUUGGAGGUUCAUAAGGAUAAGACAUUAAAGGAAGCAGUAGAAAUGGCUUAUAAGAUGAUGGAUUUAGAAGAGGUCAUACCCAUGGAUUGCUGUCGCCUUGUUAAAUAUGAUGAGUUUCAUGAUUACCUUGAACGAUCGUAUGAAGGAGAGGAAGAUACCCCAAUGGGACUUCUACUAGGAGGAGUCAAGUCAACAUACAUGUUUGAUCUACUGUUGGAGACGAGAAAACCUGACCAAGUUUUCCAGUCUUACAAACCUGGAGAAGUGAUGGUGAAAGUUCAUGUUGUUGAUCUUAAGGCAGAAUCUGUAGCUGCUCCUGUCACUGUUCGUGCUUACUUAAAUCAAACGGUCACAGAGUUCAAACAGCUUAUUUCAAAGGCCAUCCAUUUACCUGCUGAAACCAUGCGGAUAGUGCUAGAGCGCUGCCACAAUGAUCUGCGCCUCCUCACUGUGCCCAGUAAGACCCUGAAAGCUGAAGGGUUUUUUAGAAGUAACAAGGUAUUUGUUGAAAGUUCUGAGACUUUGGAUUACCAGAUGGCCUUUACAGACUCUCAUUUGUGGAAACUCCUGGAUCGUCAUGCAAAUACGAUCAGAUUAUUUGUUUUGUUACCUGAACAGUCCCCAGGCUCUUAUUCCAAAAGGACAGCGUGCCAGAAAGCUGGGGGUGAUUCUGGUGGUAACGUGGAUGAUGACUGUGAUAGAGUCAAAGGACCUGUGGGGAGCCUCAAGUCUGUGGAAGCUAUUCUCGAAGAAAGCACUGAAAAACUCAAAAGCUUGUCACUACAGCAGCAGCAAGAUGGAGAUAAUGGAGACAGCAGCAAAAGUACUGAGACAAGUGACUUUGAAAACAUAGAAUCACCUCUCAAUGAGAGGGACUCUUCAGCAUCAGUGGACAAUAGAGAACUUGAACAGCACAUUCAGACUUCUGAUCCCGAAAAUUUUCAAUCUGAAGAACGAUCAGACUCAGAUGUGAAUAAUGACAGGAGUACAAGUUCAGUGGACAGUGACAUUCUUAGCUCCAGUCACAGCAGUGACACUUUGUGCAAUGCUGAUAAUGCUCAGAUUCCUUUGGCUAAUGGACUUGACUCUCAUAGCAUCACGAGUAGUAGAAGAACUAAAGCAAAUGAAGGCAAAAAAGAGACAUGGGACACAGCAGAAGAAGACUCUGGAACGGAUAGUGAAUACGAUGAGAGUGGCAAGAGCAGGGGAGAAAUACAGUACAUGUAUUUCAAAGCAGAACCCUAUGCUGCAGACGAAGGUUCUGGGGAAGGACAUAAAUGGCUGAUGGUGCAUGUUGAUAAAAGAAUUACACUGGCUGCUUUCAAACAACACUUAGAGCCCUUUGUUGGAGCUUUGUCCUCUCACUUCAAGGUCUUCCGGGUGUAUGCCAGCAACCAGGAGUUUGAGAGCGUCCGGCUGAACGAGACACUUUCAUCCUUUUCAGACGACAAUAAGAUUACAAUUAGACUGGGGAGAGCACUUAAAAAAGGAGAAUACAGAGUUAAAGUGUACCAGCUGCUGGUCAAUGAGCAAGAGCCAUGCAAGUUUCUGCUAGAUGCUGUGUUUGCUAAAGGAAUGACAGUACGGCAAUCAAAAGAGGAAUUAAUUCCUCAACUCAGGGAGCAGUGUGGUUUAGAGCUCAGUACUGACAGAUUUCGUCUAAGGAAAAAAACAUGGAAGAACCCUGGCACUGUCUUUCUGGAUUAUCAUAUUUAUGAAGAAGACAUUAAUAUCUCCAGCAACUGGGAGGUUUUCCUUGAAGUUCUUGAUGGGGUGGAGAAGAUGAAAUCCAUGUCCCAGCUUGCAGUUUUGUCAAGACGGUGGAGGCCUUCGGAAAUGAAGCUGGAUCCCUUUCAGGAGGUUGUGUUGGAAAGCAGUAGUGUUGAUGAGCUGCGAGAGAAGCUUUGUGAAAUCAGUGGAAUUCCUUUGGAAGAUAUUGAAUUUGCUAAGGGUAGAGGAACUUUUCCCUGCGAUAUUUCUGUCCUUGAUAUUCAUCAGGAUUUGGACUGGAAUCCUAAAGUUUCUACCCUAAAUGUCUGGCCUCUUUAUAUUUGUGAUGAUGGUGCCGUCAUAUUUUAUAGGGAUAAAACAGAAGAAUUAAUGGAGUUAACAGACGAGCAAAGAAAUGAACUGAUGAAAAAAGAAAGCAGUCGACUGCAGAAGACGGGACAUCGUGUAACGUACUCACCUCGGAAAGAGAAAGCACUAAAAAUAUAUCUGGAUGGAGCACCAAAUAAAGAUCUGACUCAAGACUGACUCUGCUAGUGUAGCAUUUUCCCUGGGGGAUUUUGGUUUUAAUUAGAUGGUUCACUGCUACUGUGUAGUGCCGUUAUGGCCGGACAUGGUUAGGGGUAACCCAGUGACACCAGCACUGAUUGGACUGCCCUUCACCAAUCAGAAGCUCAGUGCCCAAUGGGCCACUGUUUUGACUUGGAAUCAUGUUGUGCACUAUAGUCAAAUGUACUGUAAAGUGAAAAGGGAUGUGCAAAAAAAUAAAAACAAAAAACAAAAAGCGAAACCUGCUACUAGGAAAGGGGGAAGGGGAAUGAAUACACUUCUUUUAUUGCGGACGAAUGUGCACAUAGCCGCUAGUAAAACUAGCCUCAAACAGGAUGCUCAUAGCUUCAUAAUAAAAGCUGUGCAAAGG